CUGCGCACGCGGAGCUCUCCUCGGUGCUGAAAGCUAAAAUCUCUUCACGUAACAAACAACGAUGCUGCCCAAAUUGACUGUCAAUAAACGGUAAAAUGGAUGAUGAUCUUUUCCAACUUCGUCAGCUACCAGUUGUUCGAUUUCAUCACACGGGGGACAGCACGCACUCUGAAGAUGAAGCUGAGAAGCAGGAACAGGUUGUUCAGAUUGCUGAGCAAACCAUUUCAGAGUCUGUGGCAUGUGCAGAUGGACCUCCGGUUCCACGGGAAUUUGCUAACCCAACUGAUGAUACAUUCAUGGUGGAAGAUGCAGUAGAGGCCAUUGGGUUUGGGACAUUUCAAUGGAAACUUUCUAUUUUGACAGGACUAUCAUGGAUGGCUGAUGCUAUGGAGAUGAUGAUCCUUAGCAUCUUGGCCCCACAACUUCACUGUGAAUGGAGGCUCCCAAGCCUUGAAGUGGCAUUACUCACAUCGGCUGUCUUCAUUGGAAUGAUGACAAGUUCUUCGCUUUGGGGAAACAUAUCUGAUAAAUAUGGCAGAAAGACAGGUCUUACAAUGAGUGUUCUGUGGACAUUGUUUUAUGGUCUGAUGAGUGCAUUUGCGCCAAUUUAUGCCUGGAUUUUAUUCCUUCGGGCCUUGGUUGGCUUUGGCAUUGGAGGUGCCCCACAGUCAGUAACUCUUUAUGCUGAAUUUCUGCCCAUGAAGUCACGAGCCACAUGCAUCCUAUUAAUUGAGAUAUUUUGGGCAUUAGGAACUGUAUUUGAAGUGCUUUUGGCCAUCUUGGUAAUGCCUACUCUGGGCUGGCGCUGGCUCCUUGGAUUUUCCACCAUUCCCCUCUUUAUUUUUGCUUUAUUUUGUUUUUGGUUACCCGAGAGUGCUCGAUAUGAUGUCCUGACAGGAAAUCAAGAAAAAGCCCUGGCCACUCUAAAACGUAUUGCUACAGAGAAUGGGGUACCAAUGCCAUUGGGAAAACUAAUAGCUGCCAGACAGGAGCAUCGAGGGAAGUUUCUUGAUCUAUUUUCAACACACUUUCGUUGGACCACAAUUCUGCUCUGGUUUAUUUGGUUUGCCAAUGCCUUCUCCUACUAUGGACUGGUGCUGCUCACCACAGAGCUGUUUCAGGAGGGCGGUGCAUGUGGAAUGUCUAAAAGUAAUAAAAUGGAGCUAACGUGCAGCCUGGAAUGUAAAUAUCUGAAUUCAGAUGACUAUAAAGACCUUUUGUGGACAACACUGUCUGAAUUUCCAGGACUGCUGGUCACACUGUGGGCUAUUGAUCGACUGGGGAGAAGAAAAACUAUGGCACUAUGCUUCUUCAUAUUCUCUCUUUGUAUUAUUCCUCUUUAUGGAUGUGUGGGGAGGACCGCCAUGACUGUGUUGAUCUUCAUUGCCAGAGCAUUUAUCUCCGGGGGGUUCCAGGCUGCUUAUGUGUAUACUCCAGAGGUGUACCCCACAGCAACCAGGGCCUUGGGACUUGGAACAAGUAGUGGAAUGGCCAGAGUCGGUGCUCUCAUUACACCCUUUGUUGCUCAGGUGAUGUUAGAGUCUUCUGUGUACCUAGCUCUAUCAGUAUACUGCUGCUGCUGCCUUUUUGCUGCAGUAGCCUCCUGUGCUUUGCCAAUUGAGACGACUGGUAGGGGCCUUCAAGAGUCCAGCCAACGUGAGUGGGGUCAAGAGAUGACAGGUUGUGCUGCCACCCACAGUCCAGGAGCAGUACCUCAACCCAGCUCUGACUGUCAAGAAUAGAGCUCCCUAUACUAUGUGUUGAGUGGAUCAUGGCAAAGACGAUACAGCAAAAAUAACGACUGAGGAGGUAAAACUUGAAAGGAUUGACAGAUUUCACUCUCCUUACCGUUCUGCACUUGUGGCUUUCAUCUAUCCUAUUUUAAUGCACAUUGGGUGAGCAGCUGUGUUGGCUGUAACCUCUAGCACUUUCCAAUCUCUGAGUACUUGAAGUAUCUAUGGCUUUUACUCUGAGGUAGAAAUAGAGGUAAAAUAGAAAUGGGAUAUAUGUUUCUGGCAAAUUAUUUGAAUGGGCCUUAAUACAUAGUUUGUCUUUAUCUUUAUGAUUAAUUGUUGUAGUGAAAAAUGUAUGAAUAAGAAAUAUUAUCCAUAUAUGAAAUGUUAAAGCACAUAAGCACAUUCCAUUUUUCUAUUUUAGUCAUUAUUUAUUUAAAUGAUAAUGCUGUAAUAUUAGAUUUUAGUCAAAUUGAUAACUACAUGUUCAUGU